GUUUGGUUCAACUUGUUCUUUGACCAACAUCUUCAAUUGCAGCAGGCCUUUUCGAUUUUAACGAUGGUCACCUAUUCUGCUUUCUUUUCUUCUGGCCUUCUCGCGCCUUACCAUCCAAGAGCAACAACUCCCGUACCACCCUCCUCGCCAAUGCCAAUGUCAUCCAGUCCUAUGCACCCUGUCGAUCGCGAUCUGAGCGUGACGCCCACACCCGGUGGCACCUCAAAUAAUGUUGUUGCAAUACCCACUGCGAAUGCUGACCGUCCUCGCAUGCGCAGGCGUCGCAGUAGCAUGAAUGUAGGCGCGAAUCCGAUGGCUCUUAUCAAAUCCCCGACGCGAAAUGCAGGCAGCGCGCUUCAGCGCACUGGCAUCAUGUCUCCCACCCGGAGUCGUGCAGGCAGCGUCGCAGAGAACGCUUCAGAAUCCAGCAGUCUUUUUGGAAGAUUAAGGAGUGGCAGUCUGAACGCAGGCCCUCCACUGCGGUGAGUGGCUUCAAUGCCUGUAAUUGUAUGUCUUCUAAAAUUCAUGUUGUGUAGCCUGCGUCGUGCAGUCAAGCGAACCGUCCCACUCGCUCCGCCUCCUACUGCCCCUCUCCCUCCACUUCCACCGCCAUCACCAUUACCAUCUGCAAAAUACACGCGUACUCUCGCGCCUCCUGCGCUCAUCAUACCUGUUCCUUGUCAACCCCUCAUGAAUUAUUUUGUAUCCGGUCCUAACACCUCUGGAUUACUUAGUCCUGAUUCUGCGAUGCACUUCUCAUCCAAUAUGUCGCCUGGUAUCUCCUCCACCCCUGCUCAUAAGUGUUAUUUUGGAAGCACUAU